AUGCAGCCGCGACAGCUCUUUGCCGGCCUGACGGCCACCACGGUGCUGCCGACCCCGACGCCCGUGGUGGACCGGAGCUGCAAUGGACUGAGCCUCCCCGUGGGAGGCAUCCUUUCCAUGCCCAAUGGCGACAUUGUCACCCUCACCGCCGCCGCGGCUUUCAAACCGGUCUGCACCCCGGUCACGCCCCCCGCCAUCAUCGCGAACGGCGGGGGAGGAUCCGUCACCAUCGACAACGCCGCAGACGACUCCGAGGAUUCUGGGGAUGGAUGGAUUUACUCGGAUAUCCAGGACGCCUUCUACGCCUCGACGUUCCCGCAGUGCUAUGCCUUGGCUACCACUACUGUUGUGGCUUACACGCUAGUCAUCAUGCUCUUCGUCACCCCACGCUCGUUUCUCGACGGCGGGGUUGUCGUCCUCGGUGGACGGGGGUUUACAAACGGGGGAACUGGCCCGACCAUCGGUGGACGUCCUUGGUUACAGAAGGUUGCCGCCACCACAGUCGCUGUCUCCUUGACCAUCGCUAGUGCAGCCACGUUCCAAGCCGCCGAAGCCCAAUACUCCACUGGCUUCCCAAACGCGAAGAAACUGCAAUUAGAGGUACUGGGAGGUAAUGAACUCAAAAUCAUUCGCAUUAUAUCCAACACAUUCCUUUGGCUUGCCCAAGCCCAAACUCUCAUCCGCCUCUUCCCACGCCAACGGGAAAAGGUUGUUAUUAAAUGGACCGCCUUCGCACUCAUCACCCUCGACGUCAUUUUCCAGUCGCUCAACAGCUUCAUGUUUGAGCAAGGCCCGGCGCGGCCCGGUUCCUUCAAGCAUCCCGUUCCCGCGCUCAGUUAUCUUUUUGCGCUCUCGCUCGGCGUUCUCUAUGCCGCGUGGGUGAUAUACUACGCGCUUCUGAAGAAGCGCUACUCCUUUUGGCACCCGCAAAUGCAAAAUAUGCUACUAGUAGCGGUCCUAUCACUGUUGGCAAUCCUGAUCCCGGUUGUCUUUUUCAUUUUGGAUCUUGUUCAGCCCGAGUUCACCGGAUGGGGCGAGUACGUCCGGUGGGUAGGAGCAGCAGCCGCCAGCGUCAUUGUAUGGGAAUGGGUGGAAAGAAUAGAAGCUUUGGAAAGAGAAGAAAAGAAGGAUGGGAUUCUCGGCAGGGAAGUGUUUGACGGAGACGAGAUGUUGGACAUCGCUCGUUCAAGUAACGGGCUAAAGAGGAAGACAGAGUUUGAGGAUGAGGAUAAGGUUUCGAGCUUUGACACAGGACGAAGCGGGUCAGAUGAAGGCCAGGCGGCAGGCGGGGCGACCACUAACAAUAGAUGGCCGGCAGUGGCAGCGAUAGCAUCGAGAUAUAGAUCUCGCUCAAAGGCCAAACGGCCUGCCGUGCGACCAGCCGACACCAACAAUACACAACCAACCAACCAUGAUAGGAUACGGUUCCUACAACCCCCAUUAUGGCCGGCGCGACCACCAGCGGCCGCCACGCCCAUCAGCCGCGCCGACACCUCCAGUGCAGCGAGCACUGUUUACGCCGUCAGAUACCACACCCUGACGGAAACAACAUCACGCACCCCACCCCCUCCGCGAAGUGACACGCCAGUGUCCCGAAGGGAUAGCACUGCUUCGAACGAUGCGUCUGUACCUGGGGCCCAGAGUGCGGCCGGUGAGGCGCCUGCUCCAUCAAAUUCGACCACCCCGGUGCCUCCUCCAAAACCUAUGCCGUCGUCUAACCGAUGGCGCUCCAUGACCCAGCGACUUCCUUUCCACCGGCCGCCAAAUCCCGAUAUUGAACAUGCAGCCGCCGAGGAGAGCACGCCAACCCCCGCGACGGGACAACCGCCACCAUGGCCACGACAGGACGGCGCAACUGGCAGCAACAGAUGGGACUUCCGCAGCCGCUUUGAGGAUUUCGCCGUUACUCAAGCCGACCGUUUACGGGAUCGGUUCCGCACUACGCUGGACACCGACAGCUUGCCGGUGACGGUGAUACCCGCACCACCACGCCGCGGGGCCGCGCUCGCACAGUUGCUGGAAGAGGAAGAGGCUGGUCAUCAGAGCGAGCAAGGCGGGGAAGGGACACGACGAGGCGGAAGGGAAGAGGCCACGGCCCUGGAACCACAUCGCCCACACCCUCGUCCUGUUCAAGCGGCGCCCAGCCCAGAUGGAUCAGCGGGUACUUCGCCAUUGCCUUGA